UCAGCAGUGGCAUCACUCGUUUUACGCUGCUCUGAGCCGACACUCGUUAUUUUCAACACUUCGACUCGUCACGCGAGCGUCUACCACCACCAUGCGUUCUGCAGUUCUUCUCGGCCUCCUGCCGCUGGUCCUGGCCGCCCCUUUCGAGGACACGCGUGCUCCACUCCACGUGCCUCGCGGCGCGACCGGCGACAAGUACAUUGUCAAGAUGAAGGAGGGCGCGCCUAACGAGAUGGGUAUCGACGCCGUAAAGCCCGAUGCCGACGUCGAGUUCCCCAACAUCGGCGCCUUCACUGCGACUCUGGACGCCGACGACCUCGAGGCGCUGCGCCUUCACCCAGAGGUUGCGUUUAUCGAGAAGGAGCACAAGAUGUCCAUCGCCACCCCGGUGACGCAGACGGGCGCUCCAUGGGGCAUUGCUCGCCUGUCGAGCAAUGGCACGGGCUCCACGACGUACAACUACGACAGCACCGCCGGGGCAGGCGCUUGCGUGUACGUCAUUGACACUGGCGUUGACGUUACCCACCCGGAGUUUGAGGGUCGCGCGUUCCUUGUCGCCAACACGAUCGACAACGACCCGAACGAUGUGCACGGCCACGGCACCCACGUCUCCGGCACCAUCGCCUCCAAGACGUACGGCGUAGCCAAAAAGGCCAUCGUUCUCGCGGUCAAGGUAUUCAACGCCAGCGGUGAAAGCGACAAUUCCGUCGUCAUUGCUGCGAUGGACUUCAUCCUUGGCGACUACCAGUCCCGUGCUGCGCAAUGCCCCAAGGGCUUCGUCGUCAACAUGUCACUGGGCGGCGAGGUUUCCGAGGCCAUCGACAACGCGGCCGCAGCGCUGGUCAACGCCGGCCUGGGCCUCGCCGUGGCCGCCGGCAACGGAGACCGGUCUACUGGCCUGGCUGUCGACGCGUCCACGGUAUCGCCGGCUCGCUACCCGGGCGCCUGCACCGUCGGCGCGACCGACAUCACCGACACGGCCGGCUACUUCUCCAACUACGGCCCCGACGUGGACAUCCACGCGCCUGGCGUGCGCAUCCUCAGCACGCUCCCUGGUGGUGGCAGCGGGUACAACACGGGAACUUCGAUGGCCACGCCGCACAUUGCCGGGCUGAUGGCGUACUACCUCGGUCUCGGCGCCACCACGCCCUCUUCCGCGUGUGACUACAUCGUGUCGACGGCGCUGCCGGGCCGGAUUUCCAGCCUCGGGCCCAACACCAAGAACCUGUUGGCGCACAUUGCUUAUGUGCCCACAUACGGACGCAACUGCAACUAUCGCAACAGGGUGCGAAGAUAUUAACUCGAUGGCUAAGCCGUCCGCUCUUUGCUUACUCUUGCGCAUUGGAAAAAUCCGUAUAUAGCCCAGAACUUAAUUAAAAGCAAUGUCGCCAGAACUGAGUAAAAGGAGCUACUUGCUCCAAAAGCCUGGAUUGUUCUCGUGAUCUGUUAUGCCAAGAACUCUUGGAGAAAAAUAGCUGAGGUCCAGAUGAUAUCUUGGCAUGGCACAGAAAGGCGCGGACACAAGCACGUCAGUCAGUGUCAAACCUUUUGGAGAGUUGGCAGAAUGAGCUUCGAACAAGAAGAUUAUCCCUGAGGCUGUGCCUAUGUUGCACAUACGCAACUUGCAAGACUACCAAGCCGUGGCCCGACAGGAACUAAGAGUCGCCCAUCGAGCGCGUGGAAGGCAUGACUGGCAUUGCGGCGGCGUGUAUUAUGUAAACGAAACUCCUCACAUACUACGAC